AUGGCCAUCACAACCGAAACCUCGACCUCUUCUACCUCCGAUAACUCCCCUUCCCUUGAUCAUGGAACUCCGAGUUCUCGUCUUCCUUUUCAUCCUGAUGAUUACACACACCCAUGUCAUCCCUUAUAUGUGCAUCCAUCUGAUUUGUUGGGAUCUUCCUUAGUUACUGAGCCUUUUGAUGGCUCUUGCUAUGGCAGUUGGCGUAGGUCAAUCCUAGUUGCCUUAUUUGUUAGGAACAAGUUGGAUUUCAUUCAUGGGACUUCUGAGAGACCUCUUGAAGGUUAUCCUCUACUUCGCCAAUGGCAAAGGUGCAAUGACCUGGUUGUUGCAUGGCUUGCCAAUUAUAUUACUAAGGACAUUCACCGCACUGUUGUGUAUUCUGAGUAUGCAACAGACAUCUGGAAGGAACUUGAGGCUAGUUAUGGGCAAGCUGAUGGUGCAAGGGUGUUUGAAUUGAAAAAAGAGAUAGCUCAUAUCUCUCAGGGCUCUCUUGACAUAGCUGCAUACUUCAACAAGCUAAAGCAGCUCUGGGAUGAGCUUGUGUCCUUGUCUGCUAACUCAGACAAUAGGUGUACAUGUGGUGGUAGUGUCAAGUCUGAGGCAGAAUAG